AUGUCGCGCCGUAAGACCCGCACUACCGCCGAAGAGACUCUGACUCCUCCGGACUCUCUGGCUCCCGGCCAACUGAUUGCCCGGGUUGUCAAGGCCAACGGCAAAGACCUCUACACUGUCCAGGCCCCCGACUCGUCCACGUUUCUCGUCGAACUCGAAGCCCGUUUCAGAUCGACCAUCUUCGUCAAGCGCGGUGGCUACGUUUUGGUUGACACGACCACCACGGCUGACCGAGACAACAAGAUCCAAGGCGAAAUCGUGAAUAUUGUUGGCGAUGAAAAGUCCUGGAGGAAACAACCGUUUUGGCCGCAAGAGUUUGUAAAGAAGACCACAUUGGUAGACAGCGAUGACGAGGACUCGCGGAUGGGGAAACUGCCGCCUUCGGACAGUGAAGACGAAAGUGAAUGA